UGGAGUCAAGAGCUCCUACAGUGUAGGUCGCCGCUUGCCUAACUUCACCAAGUCACUUUACUUGACUUACAGUUACGCUUGUGAUCGCUCGAAAAGCUGAUAUGACAGGACAGAUACGUUCGAAGGUGGCACCGCGUAGGUCGUGGCAGUCCGUGACAGGCUUGCUGCUCCAUAGCCGUACGCUUCAUAGUACGCUAGUGACGAUGGAGCACCAGGACAACGUCGCUCGCUUGAUCAGCGAGAUGCCGCGUGCGCGUAGCCCUCGACGACGAACCCAAGAGAUCCAGCACGCCCCACACGCUGCUCCAAUGAUAAAGCCUCUCGCUAAGCCGUUAGUGUUUAGGAAGACGAAGCGCGAACUAGAGAGAGAGCAGCAGCAAGCACAAGCACGAAAACGACUUGAGCGGAUGGAGAGAGACCCGAGAGAGUAUCAAACGUUCGCGCCCCAAGUGUGCACGUGUGUUGGAGUGGAGCUCUCGAAGGACAUCGGAUUCUCUUAAAUCAAGACCUGCAGACCUGCACGCGCAGUCUCGUCGUCGACUGUUUUAAACUCACCGGCUUUGAUGCGACCGAAGGAUCCAAGUGCAUUUCGUUUUGACGUUGAAGCACGUGAGCGCACGGGCUCACACAAACUUUGAAGUACGGAGCGCGAGACUGCCUCAGUAGUCACACGCAUGCUCGAUAAUAAUGACCGUACAAUAAAUUGAGAAACAUUGCA